CAGCGCCCCUACGCAUGCGAUAUGUGCGCGCUGUCUUUCAAUCGUCAACACGAUUUGAAGCGCCACCGGGAUACUCAUACCGGUGAAAAGCCGUUCCUCUGUAACGGCGGAUGUGGGAAGACGUUCACCCGUAAGGACGCUUUGAAACGCCAUCAG